GCUGAAAACACCUUGUGGAUAAGAAUCCACCAAGCAAUCAACCCUGUUUGUACAAGUACAAAUAUCUCGAGCAACCCACAUCUCUGAAACUGAAACUGAAACGAUGGCAAAGAAGGAGAUGGAAGUGGUGAAAGGAUUGGAUCUCGGGAGGUACAUGGGAAGAUGGUACGAGAUCGCUUCGAUUCCGUCGAGAUUUCAACCCAAGAAUGGUGUGAACACGAGGGCUACUUAUGCGCUCAGAGAAGAUGGAGUUGUGAAUGUGGUGAACGAAACUUGGUCCGACGGGAAGAGGAAUUCCAUUGAAGGGGUGGCUUAUAAGGCUGCGCCUUCCAGUGAGGAGGCCAAGUUCAAGGUCAAAUUCUAUGUGCCUCCAUUUCUUCCCAUCAUUCCAGUUGUUGGGAAUUACUGGGUUUUGUAUAUUGAUGAUGAAUAUCAAUAUGCCCUCGUUGGGGAACCUUCCAGGAACAAUCUUUGGAUAUUGUGCAGACAAACUCAUGUUGAUGAGGAAAAAUACAAGCAGCUGCUUGAAAAGGCAAAGGAGGAGGGCUAUGAUGUGAGCAAACUGCACAAGACACCGCAGAGCGACCCUCCACCGGAAGGGGAAGGUCCUAAAGAUACUAAAGGCAUAUGGUGGUUUAAGUCUAUUCUGGGAAAAUAAAGUAAAUGUAAAUCACAGAAGCUUCUCUUUAUAUCACUACCUCUCUCUCAUCAGUUGUGUGUGUUGGACGUGUUGGUUUGUAGGUAUACAUAUCAUCUGCACCUCUGUAUAAACAUGCUUUGAAUUAUACCCAUGGUUUUCUUUAUUGAUCAUAGAAGCAAAACUAAUUUGUCUAA